CACAGUUCCCCGCUACUGCGGCGACCGCCCUUCUCCUCCUUCGCCGCCACAGUACGCUGCAUCGGAGGGGAAGAUCGCCGCGCCAGCGCCAGCGCCAGCAUCCCCCACUCUCGGCAGGCCGAAAGCCCAGAAACCCAGCAGCACUGCAGCAGCAGUCUGCUUCAACGGUCAGGUUGUUGUUCUCUUUUUAUCAUCGUCUCGGACAAGGCAGAAGACACAAGGAGGCGAUCCAAGGCAUAUAUAGCAGGCUCCAUAGGCAAGGAUGGAUGAGCAAGAUGAUAAAAGUACAAAGGCUGAGCUGAAACUAUGUGGUGACAUAGCUGUUAAGAGGAAGAAUUACCGUGGCGCAUCAGCAUUCUACAGCGAGGCAAUUGAGCUGGACGCUAGUGAUGCGACGCUGUACGCAAACAGGAGCCUUUGCUACCUGCAAAUGGCUGAAGCAGAUAAGGCACUGCGUGAUGCUAAUACCUGCAUAAAACUGCGGCCGGAAUGGUUAAAAGGUUACUACAGGAAAGGAGCUGCUCUCAUGUCGCUCAAGGAGUACAAAGAAGCACGUGAUGCGUUCGAGGCCGGACUGAAACUGGACCCUGCAAACACCGAGAUGGAGAAAGUAUUCCAGGAGGCAGUUGAGGCGAUGAAAAAGGAUGACUUGGCCAGAAAAACAGAAAAUGCUUCAAGCCGUCCAGCUAGAGAAAAACAGGCACGCAAGGGGCGCGGCCGCAACACCCGCUGAGCUGCUGCAACAACGUACGUGGGCGAUUGUACUAAGCCAGCCACCGCUUGCAUCCCUAUGGGAGUUCACUGAAUUUCCCGUUUUGUACACAAUAUUUAGGAAGCGUACACUGUAGCUGUGAGAUUGGUUUUUGAAUCGCGCCGUUUACAGCUUGGUUCUGUUUCAUAUUCACCAAAAAUGUAUGUAACUUGGUUCAGUUUUAUCACCAAAAUUGGAGCUAUCUGUCAACCUAGCUAUCACCAAAUUUAUGUAUGAUCUUACGGUUCAUGAUGUUGUGCUGGAGCUCUCAGAAAUCAGAAUUUCGUUUGUA